UCUCUCUCCUCCGCUGUCCUCUCUCUCUCUCUCUCUCUCUCUCUCUCUCUCUCUUCUAAAAAUACCUUAAGCCCAAAAUACCCUUCGGAAAAUCCCUAUAUACCUCUCAUCUCGCCCUCUCUGUCUCUCUGUCUCUCUCUCCCUCGCCCAUGGCCGAUCUCCACGGCGGCUUCCGUUGCCGCGGCCGCCGCAGCAACGGUGCCGCCGGAGUCCGAAAUCUGGAGAUCGUGAAUGGCAGGGAAUUCAGCAGCGGCCAGACCUACUUCGAUCCUCCACCGCCAAAUCGCCCGACCUCAAUCGUCUCCUCCUCGGCCCACCGCAGCGGCAAGGCCAAGGCAUCUUCGUCCUCGGGCUCGAAGUCGUCCUGGAGCUUCAACGAUCCGGAGAUGAAGAGGCGGAAGCGCGUCGCGAAAUACAAGAUGUACGCCAUGGAAGGAAAAGUCAAGGCAUCUUUCAGAAAAGGGUUCCGUUGGAUCAAGCACAAGUGCUCAGAGCUCGUCCAUGGAUGGUAAUUUCAGGCGAGAACAU